CGUGCACGUCCACACAUUUUUAAGGAAAUUAACUAGGCUACUUUUUCUAGGGCAGUCGGCACCUAUCAAGUAACUGCAAGGGGUGUUUGCGGUAUCACGUCUUUUUUUGAGGGGGGGUUUACUGAUUUUAUGAAACAUGUGACUGAAUUAGGCGCUCACAUGGCUGCUGUGGCUGCAUGAUCGGCUUUAGUUUUUUAAAGUUCGGUUAUCGGUAGCUCCCUCGGCUGGGACCAUCUAGAGCAGAAGACCCCUGAAAACACUGCGCGUAUACGGACAAAUCAUGGCGAACAGUGGGCAGAAAGUUGUGCUGAUCACCGGCUGCUCCUCCGGCAUCGGGUUACGAAUUGCCGUCAUCCUGGCCAAAGAUGAAAAGAGUCGUUACCAUGUCAUUGCCACGAUGCGGGACCUGAAGAAGAAGGACAAGUUGGUGGAGGCAGCUGGAGACGCAUAUGGAAAGACCUUGACGUUGCUUCCAUUAGAUGUGUGUAGCGAUGAGUCCGUCAGGCAGUGCGUCAACAAUGUUAAGGACCGCCAUAUUGAUAUUCUGAUCAACAAUGCAGGUGUGGGCUUGCUUGGACCUGUGGAAAGCAUCAGCAUUGAGGAGAUGAAAAAAGUAUUUGAGACCAACUUCUUUGGAGUGGUUCGUAUGAUCAAAGAAGUGAUGCCAGACAUGAAGAAGAGGCGUUCAGGGCACAUUAUCGUCAUGAGCAGCGUCAUGGGUCUUCAGGGUGUGGUAUUCAACGAUGUUUACACUGCUUCUAAGUUUGCAAUGGAGGGUUUCUGUGAGAGUCUGGCUGUGCAACUGAUGAAGUUCAAUAUCAGGUUGUCCAUGAUUGAGCCUGGUCCUGUGCAUACUGAAUUUGAAACGAAAAUGAUGGAGGAUGUGGCUAAGAUGGAGUAUCCGGGUGCGGAUGCUGACACAGUUCGUUAUUUUAAAGACGUUUAUCUGCCAUCAUCAAUAGAUAUAUUUGAGGCCAUGGGCCAAACACCAGAUGACAUAGCUAAGUGCACUAAAAAGGUUAUUGAGUCAAACAACCCUCGCUUCAGGAAUCUGACCAACAACCUCUACACACCCAUUGUGGCCCUGAAAUAUGCCGAUGAGACUGGAGGCCUGUCUGUAAACACAUUCUACAAUCUACUCUUCAAUUUCGGCCCUCUCAUGCACAUCACCAUGAGCAUCCUCAAGUGCUUGACGUGCAGCUGCCUGCGUAGACGCACCAUCUCACCUAACUGAAGAUGGAGUGUGUAAUUCUGUCACUUAACGUUAACCUCCCAGUUUGUUGAACGGAGGUUUCCUGAGCAGCAGGUAGACUAGAACAAGUAACCUGGAGAGAGGAGGCACCUUUUAGUUUAAAGACAGAGCCACAAUAAGCUUCUCAAGACAACAUGCACAGCUGCACAAGUUUGUCACAGAGAUGUUAUAUAUAGGGUGACCUCAUGUACUGACACAGAAACAUGCAUACACCACAACACAGACAUACAAACAACACACACAUUGGAUUAUCGUAUAUAUAAUAUGACGAGGAACUCAUGCCAUAGUCUGGUUAGUAUGGCAAGAACUGAACAGCUGCUUUGUAAGUUGUUGGAUAUAUAUGUUGUUAAAUGAAAGUGUAAAGAUGGAACUUAAGAUCGAAACACAUGGAUAGAUGUCAAAGCACAAGAAAUAAAUUAAGAUAACGAGAGAAACCAUAAAAUUAUAAUAAAUAUAACAAUCACAAUACCUAGGUAUUGUUUCAUUACUCAUCAGAGUAAUGACAUGUAAGACAGAGUCAGAAUAUAUGAUAUAUCUAUAUCUAUAUAUAUAUAUAUAUAUAUAUAUAUAUAAAUAUUUCAGCUUUUGUUGUUCAGUGCCCUUAAUUUUAUGUUCACCUUAAUGUAAUGUUCUCAUGGUCAUAACUGCUGUUGAAUCAUAUUUCUAAUCUUUGAUAAACCGAAUGUUUGUUUUGUUUUUUUCAAGUUUUACGAAGGGCUGGAUCAGAUACUUUCACCAAGCCAAGAUGGAAAAAAUAAAGUGAAUUCUGAUUUAC